AUCAAGGAACGACCACAUCAAUAAACGCCCCGAAUUGAUGUCUGCGCAUACACCAUAUCGUCCAGAGCGAGUCGAAUGGUUUAAAUUCUGUGUCUGUAAAUGAAAGUGGGAUUGGAUUUUUACAAGAUGAGGUCUGACUCCCUGUAGACUGUGAUGGCUCCAGGCGACAUGGUGCCGGAGCAUGCCAAGCAGCAUAAGCUCAAGCAGGAGAAGGAGAACCGUCAGAGCACCACCACCACCACCAGGCCUGAUGGAGACUCUGAGCCAGACGGAUGCUUUGUCUUUGAGGCCCAUGAGGCAUGGAAGGACUUCCACGACUCCCUGAGGCAGUUCUACGAAGUGGGGGAGCUCUGUGAUGUCACACUGAAGGUGGGCAGCAGGCUGAUACCAUGCCACAAGCUGGUGCUGGCCUGUGUCAUCCCUUAUUUCAGGGCCAUGUUCCUGUCUGAGAUGUCCGAGGCCAAACAGGACCUGAUUGAGAUCAAGGACUUUGACGGAGACGCCAUCCACGACCUGGUGCGUUUCGCCUACUCCUCUCGUCUGACCCUGACAGUGGACAACGUACAGCCCCUCCUCUACGCAGCCUGUAUACUGCAGGUAGAGUUGGUAGCCAGAGCCUGCUGUGAGUACAUGAAGGCCCACUUCCACCCCUCCAACUGCCUGGCUGUCCGCACCUUUGCCGAGAGCCACAACCGCGUCGACCUGAUGGACAUGGCGGAUCGCUACGCUUGCGAACACUUCCGGGAAGUGGUGGACUGUGAGGACUUCCCGUGCGUGUCGCCUCCUCACCUGAGAACCCUGUUGUCCUCCAGUGAUCUGAACAUUCACUCUGAGACUCAGGUGUACACCGCUGCUGUCAAGUGGCUGAAGAAUAACCCUCAACACCACGAGGCCUGGCUGCAGCAGAUCAUGACUCAGGUGCGUCUCCCCCUGCUCCCAGUAGACUUCCUGACGGCCACGGUGGCCAAAGAGGAGAUGAUCAGAGGGAACCUGAGCUGCAGAGAUCUGCUGGAUGAGGCCAGGAACUAUCACCUGCACCUUAGCAACAAGGUUGUCCCGGACUUUGAGUAUUCUGUCAGAACAACACCUAGGAAACACACUGCAGGUGUGUUGUUCUGUGUGGGUGGGCGGGGUGGUUCUGGUGACCCGUUCCGCAGCAUCGAGUGUUACUCCAUCAGCAAGAACAGCUGGUUCUUUGGACCUGAGAUGAACAGUAGGAGACGGCAUGUUGGAGUCAUCUCUGUAGGAGGUAAAGUGUAUGCAGUAGGGGGGCAUGAUGGCAGUGAACACCUGGGGAACAUGGAGAUGUUUGAUCCUCUCACUAACAAGUGGAUGAUGAAGGCUUCCAUGAACACUAAGAGAAGGGGCAUAGCUCUGGCAGCUCUGGGAGGUCCUAUCUACGCCAUCGGAGGUCUAGAUGACAACUCGUGCUUCAACGACGUGGAGAGAUACGAUAUCGAGAGCGACCGCUGGACUGCUGUGGCGUCCAUGAACACACCCAGAGGAGGGGUGGGCUCUGUGGCCUUAGGGAGUCACGUGUACGCUGUGGGAGGUAACGACGGUGUGGCCUCUCUGUCCAGUGUGGAGAGGUUUGACCCCCACCUCAACAAGUGGACAGAGGUCAGGGAGAUGGGCCAGAGACGAGCAGGGAACGGAGUCAGUGAGCUGAACGGAUGCCUCUAUGUCGUGGGCGGUUUUGAUGACAACUCUCCGCUGAGUUCUGUGGAACGUUUGGACCCCCGUCUUUCCCGAUGGAACUACGUCUCUGAGCUGACCACGCCCCGAGGUGGAGUGGGCGUGGCCACGGUCAUGGGUCGAGUGUUCGCAGUCGGUGGUCACAACGGGAACAUUUAUCUUAACACAGUGGAGGCCUUCGACCCCCGUAUGAACAGAUGGGAGCUGGUGGGGUCUGUCUCUCACUGCCGGGCCGGUGCAGGAGUGGCCGUCUGUUCCACUCACAUCAGCCAGAUCAGAGACGUGGGCCAGGGCUCCAGCAACGUGGUCGACUGCAUGUGACCGCUGUCUGACCACAGGCUGACCCGGAAAACUGCACAAGAUCAGACGUGCACAGAACAGCACCCGUCCCCCACGCACAGCCACAAGCACUGAAUCCCACUGCACGGUCACUGACUAGGAGCAGCUGUCCUUAAAGCACCACUUCCCUUUAGCACUGACUGUCAUGUAACCGAUCUCACUAUGUAGGGUGGUGUGCAUUGUUAUUAUUCAGCUGAAGACACUUCUCUGACUGAACCUUAUCAGUGGAAAACUGAUCUUCAAACAAUCAAUAUAUUUUCUCUUUUUGUGAUGUUUGCAAAUGCAUUUCAGUGAUUGGUGUAUUUUGAAAAAAAUGAUUUGAUUUUCUUUGCGUUUUGACUGCUUUGGAACUUUAUCAAAAGGAAAAUAGCUGACUGAUAGUUGAGCUGUAGAUGUCUCAUUAGACAGGCCUUGCAUAUCGACUUGUAUUUUUUAAGAGAUAACCGGUUAGUACCUUUGCUCUGUCAGACCUCACUUUCACAAUCAUCACUGUCUGAACUGAGAGAUCUUCCUAGGGUUCCCAGCAGUCUCUCACAUAUAUAAAACAGUAUGAGAGAGAGCACUGUGAAGUAUGGACAGUAUCUGGAGGAUGGAAAGCUGUGAAGUAAAGACUCUGUGAACAGAUCAGUGUUUAGGAUGUUUAAAAAUCUGUUGACAUUCUAUUGACUCACACAUAGACAAUGUUUAUUUUUUCCUUGUUUAUUUUAUUUUUAGGAAUUCACGGCUUUCAUUCAGAUCUAUCCGCUGUAGGCUUCGUGAUGCUGAAACCGCUUUCGUGUUAGCAUUAGCUAGCUGUAGCCUGUAUUUGCGUUUUGAACAAUCAUUCCUAACAGACUGAUUCUAAUUGAGAUUAAACUAUGGCGGUCUUUGGCAGAGUUGGACUAAAUUUGUGAAGCAAUAAGAGGUUGCUGCAUGUCUUUGUUAGCAGACUGCACGUGUGCCGUUUUGAAAUGACUGAGGGGACUAGUGAUAACUCUCAGGACAGACAGUCUAGGGUCUUAGCAGAAUGCUAACCCUCAUACUCUCUGUGUUCUACUCAAAGAUAGCUGGGCUGUCAGUAAACAAUUGUGCUUUCAGACGUCUGAAGUGAUGAAUCCUCUAUCUGCCAAAUAGUUCUGAUUUUUUAUAUUUUUAUAUUUGUGAGUUUUUAUGAAAUCAGUGCUUAUCUUUGGUGUUGUUCUUUAUGUGUCUUGUCUUGGACUUGUUGUUGUGCACUAUCUUCCUGGCGUCGUCAGGGCUUUCACUAUAUUUUGUCCUAUGGAAAUGUUUUAUGCUAUUUUCAAAAUGUUUUGCCAGUGAGUGUCUGCUCUUUGACAGUGAGUGUCUGUGUUUUGAAGAUUUUUCCUCAACCUUAUUUUCUUGUGACUCCUCCUGGUCAAUUCAAGGCCUUUCAGGUAAUUCUGGAUUUGAUUGUAAGACUGUUGUUGGGCAACAGAUUGACCCAAGACUUUGAUUUAGAAAUACACAUGUUUGAAGAGAUGAUAUGCAUUAGGAAAACAUGCUCUUUCCAUGACAUAGACCAACCAGGUGAAUCCAGGUUAAAGCUAUGAUCCCUUAUUGAUGUCAAUUGUUAAAUCCACUUCAAUCAGUGUAGAUGAAGGGGAGGAGACGGGUUAAAGAAAGAUUUUUGAGACUUGGAUUGUGUAUGGGUGCCAUUCAGAGGGUGAAUGGGCAAGACAAAAGAUUUAAUGGGGCAAGCCGGGAAGUGCCUUUGAACGGGGUAUGGUAGUAGGUACCAGGUACACCGGUUUGAGUGUCAAGAACUGCAACGCUGCUGGGUUUUUCACGCUCAACAUGUGUGUAUCAAGCAUGGUCCACCACCCAAAGGACAUCCAGCCAACUUGACACAACUUUAGGAAGCAUUGGGAGUCAACAUGGGCCAGCAUCCCUGUGGAACACUUUGGACACCUUGUAGAGUCCAUGCCCUGACGAAUUGAGGCCGUUCUGAUGGUCCUUAAUGUUCUGUACACUCCAUUAUAUGCAUAUUUGCUCUUGUACCCUCCAUUAAGUGAAUAUUGAAUUGUUGCACCAUUGGUUUGUUGUAUUCUACAAUAGAACUGUAAUACCUCUGGUGUGUCAUACUGUACUCCAGGGGUGUGUACUGACUUGCCAACUGUAAUAUAGAACGUGUCAGUUCAAGCUUUUGUAAAUUUGUUGCUAUUGGUUGCUGUGUCUUACAUUGUAUUUCAUACAGCUAAAAUCUUCAUUUAGUUGAUGUUACUAUAAUAUAUCUGUCAUUAUUCAUGA